CAAACAUGUUGAAAAUGAAGUAUUGCUUUCUGAACAAAUAGCUGAAGAACUUUUUAAUAAAGUUUCAGUAGUCGGAUUUGAUGAAUAUUUUGAAAAUGAAUUGGAUGAAAUUAAUUUUAAAUCAAAUAUUGUAUUAGAUGGUUUUAAUGACAAAGAAGAUACACCCCAAGAAAUAGCAAAAAAAAUUGCAAAUUUAAUAGGUGAUAGCGAUGGCUAUUAUUGCAUUUAUUUAAAUCAAUAUGAAGACCAUGAAUCAAUUGAAUGUUUUGAUUACAGUGGUACACUUAGAAUUUCUAUAAAUAUAAUGACAAAUCAUGCAUCUAUUUAUCUUAAACAUGAAAUUCUUCACCAACAACCUGAAAGAAAUCGAGUUACAGAAGAAAUCAAGAAUAAAAUUAAA